UGUUCAACCUCGUGUUGCCCUUUGCCACCUCCGCUGUAGUUAAAUUACUUCAAUCAAAAUUUUGGGGCUUCAGUCUAAUAAUGUCUCCUAACGACAGCGUUUUAUGUCCUCUUGACUCAGCAAAGCUGAUUUCUGCACAUAGUAAACAUGUGUCGAUUUGUGAAAGUGGAGUGUUAAAAACAUCGGAACUCCUGUUUGAUAGCCUCAAGAGCAAGAGAUAUUGCAUCAAAGUGUGGAAAGAACAUAAGCUUCAUCCCAAAAAGAUGAACAGAGAAACAGUGGACUGGAUUUUUCUUCUUGAUUGUCUAAACUUCUCGUUUUGGGUKGAAAAUGAUGUUCCRCCGUGGGCUGUGGAGUUCGAAGGCGAAGUUUAUCAUGGUUACUGGGCUCUAUGCGCUGGGAUCAACAGAGCGUUGAAGGAAGGAAUACCAAUCACCAGUCCAUCCUUCUUUGCUAAAGUAACAUCAGCACAGCUUCAACAGAUAUUUAGGUCUGAAACAUCCACACAAAUGCCUUUGAUAGACAGACGUGUUGAGAUUCUAAAUGAAGCUGGUAAAAUGAUUAACCACAAUUACCAUGGCUCCUUUGCAUUUAUGAUAGAAAAGUGUCAGAAUAGUGCUCUAAAAUUACUUCAGCUGAUUACCACUUCACUAAAGGGCUUUCAAGAUGAAGGAACAUUUAACAAUUGCAGGGUUUCGUUUUACAAACGUGCACAAAUUCUCAUUGCUGAUAUUUGGGCUUGCUUUGAAGGCAAGAGCUGGGGUCAGUUUGAUGACAUUCAAGUGAUUACAAUGUUUGCUGACUAUAAAGUACCACAAGCACUUCUCUACCUUGGAGUAUUGAAGUAUUCUCAAAAUCUUGUUGAAAAACUAAAAAGAGGAGAUAUAAUCCCACCAGGAGAUAUUCUUGAACUGGAAAUAAGAGGAAAUUCUAUAUGUUCAGUGGAUAGAAUUUAUCAAAAAGUACUAAGCAAUGCACAGAAUGAUGAUAUAUUUUGYGAAAUGAAAAAGCAAGAGCUUGCCCAAUGUUUCAACUCUGUUAUUAUUGAUUUUUAUUUGUGGGACUUUGCAAAGGAACAAGUUGAGAAAGAUGUUGAUCAUCCUCCUUGCCAUAAAACUAGAACAAUAUUUUAUUGAACGAUUCUAUUCAAUAUACCGUACUCUGUAUGAUUGACAGUAUUUUUAUAUUGAGCAUGGAGGCUAAUACCUCAAAAUAAUAAAAUAAUAAUAAUAAUAGGUUCCUUUCUUCACUUAAAGAUCUAUAAGAAAAUUAAUAAUAUUUGUCUUUAAGGGUGUACUGACAUAUCCAUUUCUAGACAACCUAGCUGCUAUGCUAGCCAAUCAGAGUAGCAGGCGCACACGUGCUUUCAUGGCGGGAAAAUUUUUACUUCCAGUGGAUAGUUUUUGUUCACAUAAAAUGUAUUUUUCAUUUAAAAGCUCUAAUCUUCGGUGUGAAGCAUCAAAUGGACAUGUUUUUUCAAUAUUUAUGUUCUUUGCAGCCUCCUGUUCAGCUCAGAACCAAGCAUGGGUUUAGAGAAAAAUUAAGAAAUAUGAAAGUUAUUGGCUUUUUUCGCUUAUUUCUGGCAUUUAAAAAAUCAUAUAAAAGCUUAUUUGGCAAUCAUUCUAAAAACACGUUUGGCCUUACUUAACUUAGAUCUGAAGUUCAUUUCAUCAUUUUAAAUCAUUUAAUAUACUUUAAGAAACGACAAAGAGAGAAAACACACGCUGUUUUGGUUUUUGUAAUUGCGACGUUUCGGUGUCGUCAUGACGCCAUUAUCAAGCAAGUGAAGAUAAAUAAUUAGAUAAUUAAUAUACUUUGCUUGAUGAAAUUUUUUGGCUUUUUUCCGUAUUUAUGAUGUCAUACAAUGACAUCAUGGAAUGCAUUAUUUUUUUGGGGGAAGGCURAGAACCCAAUAUGAAAGCAAUUCUACUUUUUUAGUCAUUUGUUUUAUUUGUUUAGUCAUUUUAGACAACUUCUGAAUUUCCCUAGCAACGGAUAUGUCAGUACACCCUUAAAUUUCAUUGUUCAUUUCACUUUGAAACAAAAACAUUUGUAGAAGUACCAGUAGUUACAUGUACACACAGCUGUUGAUGAGGGCUCAGGCCCAUGAAGACAAUUCCCAUGUGUAUAGCAGACUUAGAUGAAAGUUCAUGUUAAAUUCCUGAUGUUCCUGUGUAUAUUUAACAAUUAUCUAACAGUGGACUGAAUAGUAGUAAAGCCUUCCUGUCCAUGCAUUCUA